AUGGCGACUCCUUGGGUUCUCUUCCUCCUCACUUUCCUAACCAUAGCUUGUUUUUCUCUAUCGUCCAAACCUAACGCCAUAAAUGUCACAAAUACCCCGGCUUCAUCGUUUGGGGAUGAUGAUGAUCCCCUAGCCGCUGCUGCAUCCCGAACCAGAUCGCGCCACCUCAACAGCCUCAUCACCUCAAUACUCAAAGCCGAUGCCAAAUGGUUAUUCCUGAAAAUAUUCGGGAAAAACAAAAUUCCCAAAGUCAAUUUAUACAAACCCAAACCCCCGAGAUUCAAUUUCCGAAAGCCCGACCCGGAAAGAAAAAGUGGGAAGAGAUUCAAACCCAAAAAGCCAGACGAAGAAUCUUCUCUAGUCAAAAUCCCGCUCUUCCCUCCAAGCUUUGGAGCUUAUUCAAUGUCUCUACGAUUUGGAACUCCCCCACAAACCAUGUCCUUUACUCUCGACACCGGUGGCGGCCUCGUCUGGUUUCCCUGCACCGACAGCUAUCGCUGCUCCAACUGUUCCUUCCAAAACACAGACCCCACAAAAAUCCCAACCUUCAAACCAGACCAUUCUGCUUCUUCGAUGAAAAUGGUAUAUUGCAAUAGCAACUCAUGCGGUUGGAUCCAUGGCCCCGGUAUUAAAUCCAAAUGCGAACUUUUCGGGCCUUGCCCGGACUACGAGCGUAUGUAUGGCACGUGGUCGACAGAUGGGAUUUCGAUAGCCUCAACAAGCGGUCACUUACUGUUAGAAAUCCUGGAGGAAUCUGUGGCUGAUUUUCUUGUUGGCUGCUCAAAUUCCUCCACCCAUCAGCCUCUGGGAGUUGCCGGCUUUGGUGAUGCCCCUGAAUCAUUGCCUGCCCAAUUGGAACUCGCCAAAUUCUCCUACUGUUUGCUGCCUCACCUCUACGACGACACAAGGCAGAGCACUGAUCUCAUUUUGGACCCUGCGGCUGAGUUAGAAACACAAGGCCUUAGCUAUACACGGUUGAUCCCCGGCCCAACUAUCCUCUCGGGUUUUCAUUUUUACGGAAAUGGUGGGACAGUAUUGGACACAAGCUCGCCCUAUACAUACCUGGAAAGGUCCAUUUAUAAAUCAGUGUCUGGCGAGUUCGAGAAACAGAUGGAUCGUUAUGCCAGAGCGGCUGAUGUCGGAGUUCUAGGGCCUUGUUUCCAACUUCUUCCCGACGAUAAACUUGUGUACUAUCCGACAUUAACUUUGCUAUUUGAAGGUGGCGCCCAAAUGGAAUUGUCGAUGUAUAAUUAUUUGUUGUUGGAUGAUGCGGAGAAUUCUGUGUGUUUGUCGUUCGUGACAGAUGUUGUUGGCGGUAGUGGUUUGAAUGUUGCAUUGAGCGGUGGCCCGUCUAUAAUCUUGGGAAAUUAUAUGCAGCAGUCGUUUUAUAUGGAGUAUGAUUUGGACAAUUCGAGAUUAGGAUUUCAGAAACAAGCUUGUUAA